AUGUCGCAAAAACCGCGAAAGCUUCAGCGCGUCUCCAAGGCCUGCGACUUCUGCAAUCGGCGCAGCAUCAAGUGCGGCAAGAGUGAAGACCCACUAGGCCGAUGCCAAAACUGUGCAGACUUCGAUGUUCCCUGUACCUAUGAUCGCCCUGCCAAAAGGCGAGGCGUCAAAGCUGGGGUCAAGGUGAACAUGCGGGAGACGCCCGCUCCAGGAGUAUCGGGAGACCCUACUCCGAUCGGUCGAGUUCCUGCGCCAGAGAGGGCCUCCGGUUCAUCUGCAUCUAGGAGUUCAAUGUAUCAGGAAACGGCCUCCCAGCCAUCUUUGACGGGGGAUCCUUGGACCUCUUUCAACACGGGGUGGUCGACGACCGAAGGGUACGAUGAUGACGGUGCUCUCCGCAACUCCUGGAAAGCAUUUGCUAUCUCCAGUGAUCAGCAGAUCAGGAACCUUGUUCAGGUGUACUUUGAGAUUGUCUACCCUAUAUUCCCUCUUUUCCAUAAACAGUCAUUUAUUGAAAGAAUUAAUAAUCAAGAGCACCUCAGAAACCAAGGGCUAUUUGCCUCCACCAUGGCGGUAUGUGCAUUGGUUUCCGGGCGAGCGCGCGACGGCGCUUUAUAUUCCACCCGAUGGCGCCGUGAAGAGCUCAUUGAGCCCCCAUCAGAAGCCUUUUACGCUGCGGCCAAGGAUUCUUUUCCUAGAGACCUGGCUCUUGCAAAGGGGUUUAACUAUAUGCGAGCAUGCGCAAUACUCGCCAUUGCUAGCAUUCAAAAUGGCCAGAUCAAGAACUUGCAAAAGUAUUCGGGAAUGUAUCACACUUUGACAACCAUGGAAGGACUUCAUGAUGAGAAGCUAUGGCCAAAGGAUAUCGGAACUAUCGAGACCGAGGAACGACGGAGAUUAUUCUGGUCAAUUUAUACCUUGGAUAUCUACGCGAGCAUUGUAUGGGGAGGCAUCAUUCGAUAUCGCGAAGCCCAUUCCCUCGUGCGGUACCCCAGCGAGGUGGAUGACGAAUUCAUUACACCUCAUGGCUACGGCUUGCCGCCGGUAUCACCAGAUUCUAGUACACUCAGCCAUGGUGAUACUCCGAUUGUGUCUCGGCAACCGGUAUCAUGGAUGCAUGGCUGGAAUUUUACAACUGAUCUAUAUCGCAUACUCGAACACGUGGUGGAUGGUACUCGACGACGAUUCUCUUCUGCCAACGGUACCACUGAAGUAUGGUCUCUUUUCAGCCCGGCAUCCAUGUCAGAGCCGACCGUCAUGGAGAGAGUUCAUUCCAUGUAUGCUGCGCUGCCGCCGCAGUUCCGUGAGACGCCGCCAACAACGGGGGAUAUGAGUAAGGAUCUGUUUGGCUUCCAGUCUGCCAAUAUUCAGGCGACCCUGCAGUUGCUCCGAAUGGUUCUGUUAUCUGCAGAGGAGAUUGGGGUCGACCGGAAGUGUGAUGUGGCUGGCGAGCUGCUGAGCGUAUUUUCCAAAGUUCCAGUGGAAUAUCUGAAGGCGAUCAGCUCACCCCUGCUACAUCACCUCGGCGGUAUUGGGUACAUUCUCGGUUCAGUCAUGGAGGGAAGUCUGUCUGACGCAUCUUAUCAACGAGUACGGACAUUGCUACUUGAAAUGGCAGACCUCCUCCACCGUCUCGAAACAGGCCUCCAUCGCUCAGCAGGUGCCAGUCAACGACUACGCUCCCAAGUUGACCGAAUCGACGGCUAUAUGCGCACAUCCCGGCUAGUCAAUUUCUCAGUACCGCCACCUCCUCCCAAUGGCGCUUCCUCUAUACAGGUCAAUAUCAAGCCGGAAGCAAUGGUACCGCAAACCGUUUUUCCGCAAUCCGAUCCAACUCCGGUGGGCGCAAGUGUUGGGGAUCAAAUGAUGCAGUUCCAGUUGCCCCCGGAGCUGCUGACAAAUUGGCCGUGGCCUCUUGAUAAUUCUCAUUCAGAGGGCUUUCUACCUUUGGCUUUUGAAUAG